GACUAGUUUUGAGAGAGCUUGCGAUCUGUCAAGUGGUGUGAAAACGCAGUCGAAUCGAAUUGUGCAGAAAGUGCAUAAAAAACUAAUCAAAAUUCCCAUAAUGUGCGAUAAAAUAAUGACGAACUAUAGCCCGAGUGUCGUUAUAUAGCAUCGAAGGUCUUGGUUGCGGAGAUUCAUCGAAGAACAGAAGAUUCGAUAAUUAAUAUCUGCAGAUCGAUGUAAAAUGGACCAACGGACUUGAAUCGAUAUUCCAAAGGAGCCCAAAUGUCAAGAAAACAGAAUUUUCUUGCGACUACUGUAUCCGCUUUUUGAAAAAUGCACAGUACGAAUUUCAGCACGGAUACGGCCAGUACGAAAGGAGGAGACGUGUUGGUAUCGGUAGCCACUUUGGUUACCGAAGGGCGCAUACCUGGUGGUGUUAAUUCCAAAUCGAAGAAAUUUUACGAAGGACCUCAUUGCCCGCUCGUCAAACAAAGGAACAAAGAGCACAUUUGCGAUUUGGCUGAAUCUUUGUGUUUGAAAUUCGAAACCGAUCGCGAGACGGUCUUGAAUUUCUGCAAAAAGGACAUACCGUUGUGCAUCGAAGUGAUCCUGACUUGUAAGUGCAAAGAAUUCGACAGCACGGACGAUCUGACCAACACGUACGUUUUGGAACAGUGGCAUUUUAGCGUUUCGUUUAGAAGGCCGAAGGAUCAGUUGAUUUUCAACGUCAACCAAUUGGCCAGCGCCAUCCGGUCGCAAUUGUACUUCUCCCAGAUAACUGUAUGGCUGACUACGCAAGAGGACAACGGACCGUUGACGAUAUCCGAGGAUAAUUUUCGAUAUCAUCUGACGGCGCCCGGCAAAACGUUUGCGACAUCAUCGUUUCAUCUCUCGGCCACCAAACACGAUUUUCCCGCAACCGAUAUAGGCGACGGCCAAUACCUGACGGUAUCUUGUCUGAGUUUACCCAGAACCACCGCUAUCCCAGAUCUAACUUGCACCAACUGCGCUAUGAACAAGGCUUUCGAUAUGGACAUGACCAACAACAAAGUACUCGACGACAGGAUGCACAUCCCUUGCACACUAAAGGGGAAACACCGUUGCGAAGAUCUCGAAGAAGAGGAGAACGUGAAGCUCGAUCGCAAAGCGAACGUGAAGCGAUUGUGCAGCAAGACGGCGCCGUGCGAGGCGUCGACGAGCAAAACCAAAUCGAAAUUGAUGGUGUACAUACAGAAUUCCAACCUGUACGCGGCCGAAGGCCCGGCCGAUUGCACUCUCCUUCACGCCAAAAAUGAUCUCAACAAGGACAAGGGCCAGCUGUUGCUCGAGGCGAUCGAGCGCAGCGGCCAGAAGAGCAUACGAGAGAGUGAUAUAGCUAAUUGUGAUAAGCGAGAAAGUGAUAUUCGUAGUUUUAGUCCGAAACAUAAUUUUAACGUAUAUUUAGACAAGCAUUGUGAUAGUCCUGUUCCGACGAUAAGGCAUAAGAAAAUAAGGGACAUAUCCAACGUCGAUCUCAAGAAGAGGGCGCACAUUCGACAGAAGAUCGUGUUCGACGACGACGGCGACGGCGACGACGACGCCGGUCACGGCAAAGGCGACAUACCUAGUCAAAUGGAACAAGCCAAAUUCCGGAAAGAUCUGGACAGCGCCGCUUCCAUGGUGUUCCAUUCCCGCACCGGGUUACCUUUGACCAGCAGUCCUGCGCCCGUCCGCAGAGGAAAGUCUUGCUUCGAUUUCGAUUCUUCUAUUAAUUCCGUUUCUUCGAUAAAAAGCGCCCUUUACUCGAACAGCUUCUCGGCGGACGACGAGAGCGAAAGCGAGGGCAGCACCGUGUCACCGUGCAGCCCGGAAAUAUUUUCCGCCCACAAGUGCGACGAUUCGUCGCCGCCCGUCAAAUACCGCAGGAAGGGCCAUUCGUCCGGUUUAUUAGGUAGCUUUGAGGAAUCGGUUUUAAAUGGCCGAUUGGAGCCGGUCUCUACCGUCCAUGGGUUCACCGCUGAGUUGGGAGCUAGCGGUUCAUUCGUUCCUAAGCAUCUAGUUGUGCCAGUUACAGUAUUCUUCUACACUUUAGGCGAGACCGAUAAGGUCUCGUCGCCUUAUCUCGGCCAUAUCAACCUGGGUAAAAAAGGAUACAACGUACCAAAAUCCGGAACAGUUCAAGUGACUUUGUUCAAUCCGCUGGGCACCGUCGUCAAGAUGUUUGUGAUCAUUUACGAUCUACACGACAUGCCGCCCAAUUCGCAGACGUUCAUCAGACAACGAACGUUGUACAUGCCGGCGAAUUGCCACGAUUCCAAUCUCGAAUGGGGCCCCAAGUGGCUGCGGUACCUCAUACACUUGAGAUUUUUGAGCUCCAAAUCGGGAAAGAUUUACCUUCACAGCGACAUAAGGAUGAUCAUUUUCCGGAAAAGCGACAUGGACACUGCCACAGCGCAUGGCAUCGAGAUGAGCUACGAGCUGAGGAGUUUCACGCACAUGCCCGUUAAUCCUAGGUACUCGCCUAGAAAGUAACCAGAAAUGAACUUUGUAGAUGUAGGCCCGGGCGAAUCGAGCACGUCCGUCAAUAUUUACAGAUAUUUUUGCCGAUCUGUUCUCGGCUGUUUCGUGCAAAGGUAGCUCUUGGAGUAAAUUCAAUGAUUUUCGAAACGUUUGCGACAGACACGAUUUGUUUAGUUUAAAAACCGUAUUGACGAAAUUAUUGCAGUGAAUGUUUUUAUACUCCGUUCGCUAUCAGGAGAUAGUAAUGGAACCUAAUUUUGUAUGUAGAACACUCGACCUUUUCUAACCCCCAGAUAAUUACAAGGGGAAGGUGAAAAUUUCUCUGCCUGACAAUGGAAGACCGCGAUAUUCAGUUGAACAAUGACAUUAUUCUUCUUAUUAAGUCGACAACUUUAGUUCUGGACGGUUCCAAUUGAUUCUGGAGCGCUCUGAAUAAAUCUAGACAGUUUCAAACGAUUCUGGAGCGUCCUAAAUUGUUCUAAACAGUUCUGAACG